AUGGACGACCCGCUCUCUCCUGCCAUACAGCGGCCAGGCUCUCUCCGCUCCGUCCCAAGCAACUCCAGCAUACGGAGCGGUGUCUCCCUCUCCCGCCGCCCCCGCACUCGAGCCCGCUCAAGGACCGUCACAGGCGCUGGAUCAGCUCCAACAUCCCCACUACCCCCGUCCCCGGUACCUCCAUCCCAGUCUGAUCUCGCCUACCUCAAUUCUCCCCCAGACGACUUGCCUCUUGCGAACCCGCCAGUCCGCCCACCGAGGUCACCACAGCGUCUCGACCCGCCAGAGUUACGUAGUAGCGACACCGCGUCCUCCAAGGAAGGCACAGCGGCAGAUGCAACUGUCGUCGAGGCCCUUCCCCAGGCCUCCACAGACGCCAGACUGUCAAAGGCUGCCAAAAUAGCCUCCAACCUUCCUCUUCUCGAUACAGGCUAUCGGUCCCCUCCCUCGGCUUUCCAGCGCGACCCGGCUCUAACGCCUAAUGUCCGCGACUCCGUCUCCACCCAGCGUUCCGGUACUUCAUCAUCCCUGUACCCGCCAUCUACUUCUACGGCUUCAGGGCCAGAGUCACCUCCAUCCCCCCGCUCUAUGGCUCUCCAGGACGAGUCUAUACACGACCUCUCGUUCGGUCCUGAAGUCAAUGAGGUUCAGGAGUAUGACAGCGACGAUGUCUCCUAUCGCCUCCGUCUGCUCGUCAAGAACAACUACUACCUUCCCCCAGCCCAUUCCAAGCCCUCGCCUGCUGAAUUUGCGUCAACACUUCCCAAUGCCAAAAGCUCAGCCAAGACAGCGACACCCACCUUCCUCGACAUAUUCCGUGUCGGCAGGUCCAAGUCAAAACCAACGACACCGACUUCCACUACCUCGCCGUUCGAUCCCAAGAUUCCGAUGCUCCGAACCACCUCCGACUCGAUAGCCGCUUCGUACGCUCUCAGGCCGCAGGACCCACGGUCGUCAUCCCAGAUGCCUCGUUUGUCGCCCCAUUUGCCGAACCCAGGGUCUCGCGGAAGGGUGGUCGUCGUGCGAGAGAAGAUGCACGACAUUGCGGUUGCCGCGAAGCAAGCCGAGCAGGACCUGAAGACGCGAGGCGUGCGCAUCGACGGCGGGUCGCAGAAGGCGAAACUCGAUGCUUUGGACGACUUUAUCGACCCUACCGACGCGGUCGACGUGCCCCUCCCAUCAGCGUCCUAUCCCUUCGCCGUGCAAGCUUCGGCACUGCAUGGUUUAGGGGUGCUCGAGUCUGUAGGAGCAGACGUCUUGGCUGACCGUCUUCCCCCUGCGAAAAACCCGAAUAUGACCGUCUCCUAUGAUCCUAUCGAGGAUACCUGGAGGAAGGCGAUUCUGCAUCAGGCCGUCCAACGCUCUUACGACAACACACCAGAUCCGUCGACCUUCUCCCAUCCUAUAGGGGCGUCCACGCCUGUGGGCUCUCCGCGGCCGAAGGGGGCAGAUAGCCUGAAAGUGGACUCGCCGGAGGAUGUGCGACAGCUGGUUGAGAAGAGGAUCAUCGCGCAGCCGAUGAUUGAUAUCAUCGACCGGACGACGACACCGAACCACAAACGCCAGAAGUCGGGCCAGAGCCAUGCGUCGUCCUCCAAGGGACGUGCGAAAGGCGCCUUGGGAGGAGGUCUUGUCGUCGACACUUCGCAUGACGCAUCUCGUCCGCACAGCUACCUUCCUCAACGCGUCGAGACGCCGUCAGGGCCCAUGACGCCACUCGCGCCGCCCCCGCGUCGGCAUUUUACCAACCCCCUCUACUCAUUGUCGCAGACCGACCUGUCAAGCCGGCCGUCACACCAACCCCACUCGCCCCACUCGUACAGCGACUCAGAGUCGCACUCGCAUCCAAGCCUGAGACGGACGGUGUCCUCGCCCAUGCUCUCGGAUGAGUACGAGUCUGCCAUCUCAAGGCAUGACUUGAUGUCGCCCCCGCCGAUGCCGCAUUAUAGCAGGCAUUCGCAGCAGACGACCACGACGUCGACGAAUGAUACGAUUAGGGGCAGCUACCAGACGCCGCACGAGUCGGACAACGAGGAGGAUGUGGAGGAGGCAGGUGUGGGUGCGCCGGGCCGGCCGUCGUUGUCAGACUACUCCCAGAGCUCGAUGUCGCCUACGACGUCGACCUUCCAGGAGAUGCUGAACCACCACCACCAUCGGGAAAGCUCGGACGAGCCCCAUCUGCAGGACCUCCACCUGCACCAGCAGCACCACUCGGUGGUGUCAAGCGGCAACGCCGGCCCGUCGAGGUUUAGCAUCGAGCGCCAGGAGGCACUGCGCGACUCUCCGGCGCCGAGGUACUCGACGAUGUCGCCCCCGCCCCGGAUUUCGAGCUCGCUCGCACAUCAUGCGUUGCCGCCCCCUCCCCGCUCGGGGUUCCGGAGGGACCUGCCGCCGUCCUCGCUCUCGCUCUCCCACUCGACGUCCACGUCGACUCCGACACCCAGCCCCAACCCCUCGACGUCGACAUCAGCGUCAACGUCUACACGCCCGCGUGCGGACUCCCCCGACUCUGCGUUCCAGAUCGUUGCUCCUGGGCCGUCGACGCCGCCCUUACCAGAGCCGGAGCCAGAGCCGGAGCCAGAGAGGGGCCACCGCCGCUCGCCGUCGAGUACGAGUGCGUCGAGACUCGCAGCGCUGACGAUUCCCAGUGCGGUUAUGGAUGUGCCAGUGGCGAUCCAUUCUGCCCCCGGCCCGAUUUCGCCGACGGAUUUCUUCGAUACGAUACAGACGCAGCACCCGAAUGCGAUGGAUGAUUUGGACUCGUCGUCUGACGAGGAGGAGGAGCAGGGGGAUAUGAUGCCGCCGCAGCAUCAGCAUCAGCAUCCUGGUCGGACAUCGGGUGUGGGGCAGAGGCCGUCGUUUGGUGGUGGUAUGGGAAGUGUGGGGGCAGCAGGGGUUGGGGGUGCUGGAGGGGUAGGAGGAGAUGCGAGGAAUAGGGCAGUGUCGAGCGCAUCGACGACGAACAUCCGACCAACGCUUAUGCGGCACGGUAACCUCUCUGCGCCAUACAUCCGCUCCGCGAACGCAAACGCAAGUGCAGUCGAUAGGUCGCCCGUGGGGAACGACGCGCACUCCCGCUUGCCCGUAUCCAACGCGCCCAUCCGGCCCCACCCUGCUACAGGGGGCAAGGACGCGCCGCCGUCGUCGUUCGACUUUUUCCGGUACGCCGCGGGGCAGGAGGGGAGAGCGUACCCCGGGUACGCUUCCGGGUCGGCAUCUGUUGCUGCUGGUGGGAUCGGGAUGUUUUCGGGGGUGCAUGGAGGUGGAGGAGACGGCGAGGUGCGCCGCCCGUCGACGGCUGACCAUGUCCUAGAGUGGCGGAACAGCCAGAAGGCGCAGGAGAGCCUGCGGCGGCUCGAUGGGAUGCUCAUACAGCACAUGGAACACGAGAAGGACACGAUUAAGCGGAUCGCGACGACGUUGAAGCAGAGUGCGGGGUCGUAA